UCAGUUUUUGAAAAAAAAAUUUUUUUCAAUUACAAAUAAAUUUACAUAAAUUAAUAACUCAAAUGUAAGAUGGUCGAAAAAUUCAAAUAAGAAAACAACACAAAAAAGAACCUCGUAAUCUCAAGUGUCUUACAAAUAUAUCAAAAAAUCUCUGACAAUAAUUAAAAACUGAAAAAAAAGUUACAGAAGAACAUCGGAAAAAAAGUUUCAAUGUUAUACAAAAAAGUUUACAGUUAUAAAAAAAAAGUUAAAUAUUUUCUAAGAAAAGUGAAAAAAUUAUAAAAGGAAAACUAAAAUUAUAAAAAAAAAAUUAAAACUGCCUAAAAAGUUAAAAUUUUAUAAACAGAAAUUAUAAAAGAAAGUUAUGUUUUAAAACGAAAGGAAAAAAAUACAAAUAACACUUUAACAUCUCACUGGAAUAAAUAAAAAAAAAUUUUACAACAGAUGCAAAUCAUUAUUUUAAAUGAAUCCUUAAUAUUACUUGAAUUUAUUCGAAUAAAGAUUUAAAUGUCGGAAAUCGAAAGUGUUGAAGAUCCCAAUGAUUUGGAGCACAAACAUUUUAGUUUUACCCGGAAAAUGAAAAACAGCAUUUCAAAAGUUAAGCAGAGCAUAAAGAAGAUAGCUGAGGAAAUGCAAGACGAGGUGCAACAACCAACACAUAUAAUUCCUGAACGUUUAGAGCACUUGGAAUAUCAAACUGGAUUUUCUAGACACGAAAUACGUAAAUUUUAUCGUGCAUUUAAACAACAUUGUCCCGGUGGUGUGGUGACAACAAAUAAUCUCAGGCCAGUUUAUGCAAAAUUAUUUCCCUUGGGUGAUCCCCGAAAAUAUGCUCAAAUUGUAUUUAAUACAUUUGAUGAAAAUAAAGAUGGAAUAAUUACGUUCAGCGAUUUACUCAAUGGAAUAGCGUCAAUAGUGAAAGGUGACACUGAUAAAAAGCUCUCGUGGAUUUUCAGAUUGUACGAUUUAAAUGGUGAUGGACACAUAACACGUAACGAGAUGAUGUCUAUUGUAAGUGCCAUUUAUGAAGUUGUGGAAAACACCCGAUCGAUUGAGCGCGCUGUUGACAGGCAUGUAAAUCGCAUUUUCGAAAAAAUGGAUCUUGACAAAGAUGGAGUCAUAUCCAGAGAAGAAUUCAUAACCAGCUGUAAAAAUGAUCAAUUAAUUUGCAACCAAUUAACGAUAUUUGACGACAUAUGGUGGUAAUAGAGCGCUAAUUACAUUUCGUGAAAAAAUCAAAUACACAUUUAGCUAUUAAAAUAAAAUAGUUAGUUACUAAAGUUAAAUAAAUAAAAGUUAAUUAAUUGGUCAAAAGUGAAAUUAACUUAACAAUAUUUUUUAAAUUAAUUAACUAAAUAUAGUAAUUAAAUGUAUACUUAUUAAAUGUAAAUAAAAGUUUAUAUAUAUGUUUAAGAAAUUGGUUUUAAUUAAAACUAAAAAUAAUCAAU